CGGAGGCAUACCGAAACGCGAAAACUCGAUUCCACAACAAACCAUCAUCUCCUCACCAAAGAUUGACGUUCACCAAUCAGAAGUCACGUUGCCAAUGGAGGCCUUGGUGUCGUCCAACGUCAAGAACCACGAUUCCGUUAUGGAUUGCGUUUCGUUGAAUUUGGAAGGAAUUUCUCCUACAGGCAGUGGACAAAUUAAUGAUAAUUUAACGGUUGAUGAAAAUAGGUCUAGUGAGGGUGACGAACUUAAAUUUAUUAGAACAAUAUAA